AAUUUAGUGGACAUUAUAGAUUUUUCAGUUAUUUGGAAAUGCUACUCACCUGAACCUACUUUUUAUUACUAAUAAAUCUGUCCUGUCCACCAAAUGCUUAAUAUAAAACACCUAAUAAAAAUAACGAUCCGUGUUGUUUUGCCUUUGACGGUUGAAGAGUAUCAAGUUGGCCAGCUGUACUCUGUAGCACAGGCAAGCAAGAAUGAAACUGGGGGAGGGGAAGGAAUAGAAGUCUUGAAAAAUGAACCUUUCACAGAUUUCCCCCUGUUGGGUGGAAAAUUUACAUCAGGCCAGUACACUUACAAAAUUUACCAUUUGGCAAGCAAAGUUCCUGCUUUCAUUCGACUUCUUGCACCCAAAGGUUCUUUAGAAGUUUAUGAAGAAGCUUGGAAUGCUUAUCCAUACUGUAAGACAGUGAUAACGAACCCGGACUAUAUGAAAAACAACUUUGUUCUGUGCAUAGAAACAAUGCAUGCACCUGACAGGGGGGAACAGGAAAAUGUACAUGGGCUUUCUCCAGAGAAGUUAAAACAACGAGAUGUGGUAUUUAUUGAUAUAGCUAAUGACAAUGUCGAGACUAGAGAUUAUAAAGAACUAGAAGACCCAAAGAAGAUUAAAUCCAAAAAAACUGGUAGAGGUCCAUUAAAUACUGGUUGGCAAAAAACAGCUAAUCCUGUUAUGUGUGCAUACAAAUUGGUGACAGUAGAAUUCAAAUGGUUUGGUCUUCAGAAUAGAGUGGAAUCAUUUAUUCAGAAGAGCGAGAGACGGAUUUUUCUCAACUUUCACCGGCAGGUUUUUUGUUGGUUAGACCAAUGGUAUGGCUUAACAAUGGAAGACAUCAGGGCACUUGAAGAUAAAACUAAGAAAGAACUGGAUCAGCAAAUUAACCAAGGACCAGUUAGAGGAACACAAGGAGACGAAUAGAACACAUAAAUCAGUGUAGUAGCAUCAGUAUUGUCACUGUUAGCAAAACUUUAGUAGAUUCAAUUCUUUACUGUGUAAACUGUUGUGAUGAUGUUUCUGAAGCUAAAAAAAUCAACCUCUUCUAAUCCACUUCCAGUGUUGAUAGAUCAGUUACACCAAUUAUGUUUUAUUCUCUUUUGUUGAUUGAUAUUAUUUUGUUUGGUCAGUUGUACAAAAGUUCUAGUAACAUUCCUUGAGGCUUGUGAAAUAAGACAUACUGUUAUAAUGAAAUUUAUGUGUAUAACGUACAAUGAUGUAAUUAGUCAAAAAUAAUGUGACUAAUUUUAGGGAGAAUUUACUUUGUAGAUUGUGCUUUCGCAUGUGCUACUUUGUUAGGAUAAAUUGUUUCCUUAGUAAAUCUUCUUCAACUUUCAACUUCCGUGAUGAUGUAAAUGCUAGUUUUUGCAGCAGCUUUGGGGAGUCAGUGCUCUGUUGUUUUCAUUAUUAAUUGAGUUAGUUUCAUUGUUUUUAAUAAAAGCCAGAACAUUGCUAAAUAAAUUACUUAUAGAUGUGAUUUUUGGCUUGUGACAGUAUUUAGUUUAUAUUUAAACUGUAUUUCUACAGAAGUGUUUCUGUGAAUAGAAGCAUUAAUCAGUCAUGAGGUUUGUUUUAUGUAAAAUGUUAUCUUGACUUCAAUUUAGAAGUUUCUGCCACAGUGUGUACAAUAACGUUUUCACUACAGUCUUUGUAACAUGGUAUUGCCAUACAUAUUAAAAUCAUAUUGUUGACUACUAUAUUAGUUGAAAAAAAAAGAUAUUUAGAUCUUUCAUGUAAAACAAAUAAAAAAUAUUUAGAGCAUAAUUUGGCACUGGUAAUUAAUAUUUUAAGAAAAAGACAAUCUUCCUGUGUGGAAAACUCUUUAAGGACUACUGCUAUAUGGGGAAGUUUUUAAACAUGUUGGUGUUUUAAACCUCGUAAAGGCUUGAGAACACAGGAAUAUUGUCCAAAAACUGCAGCAACACUUUCAGACACAUUGUAUAUUUUUUUAAUUUUAUCCUGUCUCUUAUGGUAAGUGUCUUAGUCCUUCUGUACUGAAAUAUGUUAUAGCUUACUGUGGGUGGAAAGCAUGUGGCAGUGACUUCAUUCAGUGAAGAGCAUGUUGGUAAAGGUGUGAACACUAACGCAUUAGCUCAGCAAUAAGAUAUGGUUAGCCAAAUUAUAAAAUUACUGAAGAUUAGACUCUAGAAAUAAAAAUUGAGUUUGCUGGAGAUGGCCCUUUUCUUCCAUUUACAAUUGAAAUUCUUAAUUAAUCAAGUAUUUACACUUCAGAAACUUUUCAAAUGGAGUUAAUACUUUAUAAGCUUGUUCUAGUUGUUCUCUCUUUUUAUCAAAAACAACUAGUGAAGUACAUAUUUUGUAAGAUUUUCUUCUUUCUGAAUUUUAAUCACAAAAUUCGAAAAUUAGGCCACACCAAAAAAUAUUGAUCUAUGAAUCUUUUGACAAAAAUGCUGAGACAGCAAGAAAAAUGUUUUUUCUUUUGUUAAAUUUCUGAACAAAAUUUUCUUCAUUGAAAUAUAAAUAAGUUUAUGCUUUAUAGUAUAAAAAAAAACAUUGUUUCUUUCAUGAAGUUCAACAGAGGCAGUAGGCCUUGGUAUUUUGGUCUUGUCACACCAAAUUUCACAUAUUUUAAACCAACUUUGGCACACGCAUUAACUCGGAAAGGUAAAUUUACACUUGUGAAAUUUCCAAAUAUUCGAUCAGAUAUGGAACAUAGCACCUCAACUUUCAAAGACGAUUGUUUGUCCCCAAACAAUUCUCCAAAUGAAUCACACAUCUGGACACAAUAAAAGAGUGUUUGGUUUUAUUAUCUUACCCCUUUCCCCACAAAAAUAUUAUGACAGUUAUCCCACUAAUUUACAAUUUAAAGAGGACGUCAUCUGUUUGCUUUGCUAAACCAGAAAAGCAAAAAACAUUAUAAAAUGUUGACCAGAAUUAGGUCUGGACAAUGUUGAUUUUCAGAUUUACAAGCAAAAUAAAUAGUUUGUCAAAAAUUUGAGUAGCAAUAUUCAUGAUCAAGAUUUGUUUUUAUGGUGGUUUUAGGAAUGUGAAAUGACAGUCUUUUUGUAACAUACUAAAAAUAAAUUAGUCCAAGCUAGGUUUUGCAUUGUUACAGUAUGAUAAUAUAAUUAAACAUUAGUCUUAAAAUAGAAAUGAGUAACAUAGUGAAAUGAUAACAUUGUUUAAUUCCAAAAAAAAAAGAGAUGUAAAAUUGAAACAAGCUUUAUCAAUGAUCUCAUUAAGCUAUGUUUUUUUUUGUGUGAGAUUGUACCAUGCAUAAAUGAAUUAUAUCCAGUAUGUGUUUUAUGACCAUUUUUUGAUAAUUACUUUUAAUCAGUUUAAAAUAAAAGUCAGCAAUUAAAAAAUAAUUACUUGUAUGUUGUUGAAUUUAAAAAGGUGAAAAUUUUUAUCAAUGAUCUAAUUAAGGUAAGGAAUUUUUCCAUACAUAGACAAAGUUAUAUGCAGUUUCUGUUUGAUAACGUAAUAGGUGGAUGAUAAUUUAUUAGUUUGUGAUAUUAAGUUAGAAUUUUCUGUAGGCUUCAGUUUUACAAAAUUAAAAUUGGUUAUUGCUUUCCAGUUAUUAAUAUUGAAAUUUUUAAAAUUAGGUGACCAUGGUAUGUAUAGGAUGCCAGGCUUUGUAUUACGUAUGAUAGAUUAGUGAUUCCACAUCUGUUCUUUUUAUCUAUAAACAAAUUUAAAGGUGGGUUUCCUACUCAAAAAUUUAAUUUAAUCUAUUUUAUGAUUGAGUUGGAGAUAACCUGAAUCAUCAUGAAACAUGACUUUUAAAAAUAAAUUUUUCAGUUUUGAUUUGAUAAGAAAAUUGAUUCUAGCUGAGUCCACAUUACAGUUAAGUUUUAAUCUAUCUUGUGACUGAGUUGGAGAUAAUAACCUGAAUCAUCAUGAAACAUGACUUUUAAAAAUAAAUUGUUCAGUUUUGAUUUGAUAAGAAAAUUGCUUCUAGCUAAGUCCACAUUACAGGUUUUGGUGUCAAAAGGUAAUUCUGUUGUUGAUUCCUUUAUAUUAAAAAGGUUGUUUAGGAAAGAUAUGCUGAUUUUAUUGUGUUAUUACUAUUAGUGACAUCUCAACUUGAUUUUGAUUAAGAAGCUUUUUGGACAAGUAAACUAAAAGAGGUUAUACAAGAUUCAAUUUAAUACUUGGUAAAUAGCUGUGAAAAGGAAGAGGAGGAUUAUGUAGUGGAAAUUUCAAAAUGAAUGUAUUCUGAUUAAAAAGAGUUCACAUAAUAAAUGAAAUAGUCAUGAAAUUAAUGUUAAAAAAGAUUUUGAAACCUUUCUCAGUAAGAAUUGUUGUUACUGUAUAUUUUAUUAUUUGAAGUCUUUCAGUUGUUUACAGUUUGUAACUGGAAUGAAACUAAGAAUGAUAAAAGUACAAUCAUAUGAUAAUUCUCAUUUCA